AUUACCGAACACUCAAGCUCAUAAAAGAUGGCGGCCAGCUAAGCAACUGAACACAACGAUAAGCACGAUAAAGUUAAUAUAUUGUAUCCAAGUUCGCCCGGAAACGUGUUUACGAUAACUGGAUAAGAAUGGAUCUUUCCAUCCAUGGCAAGCCAACACCACAGUAUGACAGAACAGGAUCAGCUAAAGCUAAGAAUACAAGUGCAAAUAAACAAAGCAGCUACUACACACCGGAGACCGCACGGUCUGGAUUUGGUAGAAUGCCACCACCGGGGGCUGUUGUUACACAGGCUGAGCUAGAAGCAUACCGUAGAUACUAUGAAGGUAGCGGUGAUCAAACCCAUGAUCCACGGUUAGCUUCCAGAGAAACUCACGAUAGACCAGACUGUGUACCAGCUUUGAAUCUUGGUAAAUUAGUUCAUCCAGAUAAUUUGCUAACCAAUCCUUUACCUUACUCUGAAGGUAAACUUGAUACGCCCAAUACUGCCAGUACUGUAAGCUGGGGCACAAGUCGAGGUGAUAUGUAUAACCAGCAAGGCAGAGUCAAAGAUGACAAUCAGGGAAGACGUACUGCGAUGAAUUCUCCAUUUGCUUUGCAUUACACGCCCAGUCCACUUCCAUCUCAACGACAGCAGCAAGAAAAAAAGCCUAAGGAAUGGUAUGAACCUGCUGUGCCAGAAAACCUUCCUCCGCCCUCGCAGAGGUAUAAACAACAAUACCAAGAUUACCAAGAAGACAUGAAACAAAGCUACAGGCAGUUUGUUCAAGGACAGGGGGAUGGACACCGGCCUGGAGCACAGCCAAAUAAUGAUCAUCCACGAGGUACACAACAGCAUUAUCAACAGCCAGGAAAUACUGAAAGUGAUCCAGAGGUUCCAGAAGACAAUGCAUAUAAUUACAGCUGGAGGCCUUCUCAGCCACAGUUUGCUAAUCCACUAAAGAAGGAUGCUGAAGAGCUUGCUGCCGAAAAGAGAAAGCAUCAACUUGUUGAAACUGUCAUGGUUGACCAGUUAUCCCGAGCCGUUAUUAGUGAUCCAGAACAGAACCAUAGAAACUACUCCCGAUGUCCAGUGCUCAUGGAAGAGGACAUAAGAACAUUACAUGAAUCAAAGAUAAGGACAACUGGUACAGCUACAGAGAAUUUACUUUCCAAGCGGCUGAUGUUUGGUGCCCGAAUUCUAACAAGAAAUGGUCGUGAUGCGCACAGGGAGCUUUGUGGUUUCUAUUUUAUGCACGACAAUACUUUGACGAUAUAUGAAUAUAAGCAAUUUGGCAAAAAAUCCUCUGCUCUACCAUUCAUACAAAGAGGAUGUUAUAAACAUGUAACUGGACGGAGACGAGGAAGUUUGUAUGUAAUACAAGAUAUAUUUACUGGUUCUAAUUUAACAUUUUCCACUAGUGAUCAGAAUUCAAUACCUCAGACACUUCGACAACAACAGGUGAUCAUUAUACGUGUGGCAGAAGUGGAUGAACGAGCCAAAGCUAACUUUGUAUUUGAUGGCCAUAUUCCCAUGGAUCCCGACGAAUACCAGGCUGGUAUGCAACCACCUUUUACAAGACAAGAAUAUGAAGAUUAUAAAUUCAUGUCAGACAUACAAGGGGAAGUGAGAAAACAAUUAAAGAAGAGAGGUAUCCGGACGCUAACUGGAAUGGGCCAACAUUUCAGGAAAAUUGACCAGUCAGGAGAUGGACUGCUCAACAGAUCAGAACUCCAGAAAGCGUUAAAGACAUAUCAUAUUGAUAUUGAUGAGAAAAAAUUUGACUCAUUAUGGAAGAUAUUGGAUCAAAAUGGCGACAAUAAGAUUGACUAUGGUGAAUUUCUACGGGGAGUUAUUGGGGAGAUGAGUGAGUUUAGAAAACAGUUGGUUCGCAAGGUAGGCAAUGCCAGAGAAGUAGAUGUGUUGAAUAAUUUAUUAGAUUCAUUUGAGCACUGUAAAUCAUCCGGUGAGAUCUCUUACAUCGACUUUGAAGACUACUAUGAGGGACUCAGUCUUGGUAUCGAUGAUGAUGAACUUUUUACCAUGAUGAUGAAGAACUGCUGGGGAAUUUAGAGACCAACUCUCCUAUCCCAGUGAAAUCAAGAAUUUGAGACGUCCAUCUUCUUGUAUGUGAUACUGUAUUCAAUGCAACAAGGAAAACACUAAUACAAUUGUUGGAACAAAACAAGGAAUAAUAAGAAAUGUUUUUAGUGACUCUCCAAUACAACCUGUAACAGACUUUUUUUGGCUGACCCAUUUCCAAACAAAAGUGUGUGGAUUUUCGUGAAUUAUUUCAUGCUAUGUGUACCAUGCAUAUGCUAAUUGCUUUCAGUAUCAGAUAUUGUCCUGUUUGUUAUUAUGCUUGUGUACACAGUUUAGAACCUAAGCACCACCCUUUAGCACGUCAACAUUCCCUUAAGUAAUACUCCCUUUAGAACAUCAAAAUGCCUUAUGAAACAAAUUUAGAACAUGAGAACACCCUUUACUUCCUGUUAUACACACAUGUAUAAUUCCAUUUAGAAUAAGUAAAACUCCCUUUAGAACAUCAAAAUGCCUUAUGGAACAAAUUUAGAACAUGAGAACACCCUUUACUUCCUGUUAUACACACAUGUAUAAUUCCAUUUAGAAUAAGUAAAACUCCCUUUAGAACAUCAAAUUCUAUUUGGAACAAAUUUUAGAACAUGAGAACACCCUUUACUUCCUGUUAAACACACAUGUAAAAUUCCAUUUAGAAUAAGUAAAACUCCCUUUAGAACAUCAAAAUGCCUAUGGAACACUUUUAGAACAUGAGAACACCCUUUACUUCCUGUUAAUACACACAUGUAUAAUUCCAUUUAGAAUAAGUAAAACUCCCUUUAGAACAUCAAAAUGCUAUUUGGAACACUUUUAGAACAUGAGAACACCCUUUACUUCCUGUUAUACACACAUGUAUAAUUCCAUUUAGAAUAUGUAAAACUCCCUUUAGAACAUCAAAAUGCCUUAUGGAACAAAUUUAGAACAUGAGAACACCCUUUACUUCCUGUUAAACACACAUGUAUAAUUCCAUUUAGAAUAA